AUGGCAAUCAAGAGUAAGCCUGCGUCCGAGCCACAACAAACAAACCCAUGGGUUGAGACACCCUUGAGGGAGUCUUACGCUCUCUCUGAGGCAGCGGGAUGCAGAAUCUUCCUCAAGCUGGAGAACUUACAGCCAUCCGGAUCGUUCAAGUCACGAGGUAUUGGCAAUUACAUCCUCCGCCGUCUCGAAGAGCUUCCUGCCGGCUCUCAACCUCAUAUCUUCGCAUCCAGUGGUGGAAAUGCAGGUCUCGCUGCCGUUCACUCUGCCCGUGCCCUGAACCUGAACUGCACUGUUGUCGUUCCCACAGCCACAUCCGCCUUGAUGGUCACCAAGCUCCGCGCAGCAGGUGCCUACGACGUGAUAUCUCACGGUAACGCCUGGAAGGAUGCCGACAACUACCUCCGGGAAUACGUCAUGCCAUAUUACGAAGGCGCAACCAUAUACUGCCCUCCUUUCGACCACCCCGACAUAUGGACCGGCAACUCCUCAUUGAUGUACGAGAUUGCAGAGCAGAUGCCAGCUGGCGAUGCACCAGACGUCAUCAUCUGUUCCAUCGGCGGUGGCGGCUUGAUGAACGGCAUCUGCCAAGCCAUGGACAGCAUGAAUCUGACCACACCCACGAUCCUCGCGGUCGAGACCGCCGGCGCUGAAUCUCUCGCCGCCUCCCUCAGCGCAAAGCAACUUGUAACUAUGCCUAAAAUCACAUCUAAAGCGACAUCGCUCGGAUGUGUCCGCGUCACAGAUCAAACGUUCAAGUACUCCCAGCGCCCUAACGUACGUUCCGUCGUCCUUCCCGACGGCGUCGCAGCAAUGGGGUGCUGGCGCCUCGCCGACGAUGAGCGCAUGAUGGUCGAGCUAGCAUGCGGCGUCAACGUGGCGUUGUGCUACGACGGCCGCCUGGAGAAAGCGCUUGGGCGCCCGGUCAAGCCCGAUGACAAGGUUGUGAUCGUCUUGUGCGGUGGGAGUAAUGUUACGAGCGGCAUGUUGUGCGAGUGGAGGCACGAGUAUCAGCAUAUCAUUGACAAGGAGCUUGAGCUUGAGAGGAAGGAUAGUGCGUACACGAGUGCGGAGGCGAGUCCUAAGCAGGAGGCGACUGUCCCGAGUGAUCUUGCAGUCCCGGCGAUACCGCUCAUUGAGGGUAUUGAGCUAGGGAGCGUGGAGGUUAGGGCAUAG